AUGGUUGCUCUCAAGGCCCUCAGUCUGGGCCUGCUUGCUUCGCAGGCCUGGGCCGUGCCCACAGCCUCCCAUACAGCUCUGACCAGCCCAGCUGCAUCCGACGCUGCCGUGGCUGCCGCAGCUGCCAAGCUCGAGCAGUUGUCGAGCUAUGCCCUUGACCAGACUCUGGCCAACCUCCCCAGCAGCUCCGAGGACAAGCAGGCCUGCACGCGAGAGACCCUGCGGAUCCGCCGUGACUGGCGGGCGUUCUCGAAGCCCGAGAAGAAAGACUACAUCGACUCGGUGCUCUGUCUGCAGAAGCUUCCCUCGCGCACCCCGUCGCAUAUAGCCCCAGGUGCUAAGACUCGCUAUGAUGACUUCCUAGCCACGCAUAUCAACCAGACUCUGGAGAUCCACUAUACAGGAACCUUCCUCGCAUGGCACCGCUACUUCACCUUUGAAUUCGAGCAAGCCCUCCGUGAUGAAUGCCACUACACAGGCGACUUCCCAUACUGGGACUGGGGCUACGACGCCAUCCACACAAUGGAAGCGUCUGAAGUAUUCGACGGCUCCGAGACCUCCAUGUCCGGCAACGGCUACUACAUCCCCAACCAAGGCAACAUCUCCCUCUACCUCGGCAACUACGCCCCUAUAAUCCUACCCCCGGGCACCGGCGGUGGCUGCGUUACCAGCGGGCCCUUCAAGAACUACACUGUGAACAUGGGCCCCGCCGCGCUCUCCCUCCCCGGAGGCAGCACCGCCGCUGUCUCCAACCCCCUCAACUACAACCCCCGCUGCCUGAAGCGCAGUCUCACCACCGCCCUUCUGCAAAAGUACAACACCUACCCCAAGAUCACCUCGCUUAUCCUGGACAACGACGAUGUCUGGGACUUCGAGAUGAUCAUGCAGGGUGUGCCUGGCAGUGGGUCGAUUGGUGUCCAUGGUUCCGGACACUAUAGUAUGGGUGGGGACCCUGGACGCGAUGUGUAUGUUAGUCCUGGAGAUCCGGCGUUCUGGCAUCAUCAUGGUAUGAUCGAUCGGGUUUGGUGGAUUUGGCAGAAUUUGGAUUUGAAGAGUAGGGAGUAUGCGAUCUCGGGGACGGGAACGUUCUUAAAUGAGCCGGCGAGUAAGAAUACUACCUUGCAGACGGUUGUGGAUUUGGGGUAUGCCAAUGGAGUGCCGAGGAAGAUGAAGGAGUUGAUGAGUACGACGAAGGGGCCGUUUUGUUAUGCUUAUGUUUAG